GGUAUUCAUACUCUCCACUGCCCCGGUCAGUCUGUUCGUUCGAUCUGCUCGUCACUCUGGAGUCUGGACUCGUUCUCGGUUGGCAGGUUGCGAAGGGGACGAAGACGCAGGCGCGCGGCCGGAGACGGGAAGGCCAGCCAGGGGUAGGUAAAAGAUGGUGCCGGGCGACCAGGCGGAGGAGGCCAUCGUGGCGGACGUCUCCAACGGCCACGCCGGGAAGGGGGAGGAGGUGCGCGCCAUGGGCGUCGAGUGGGACGGCGGCGAUGGCCCCGCGCAGGCGCAGGCGCAGCAGCAGCACGGCGGGUUCAGCAUGAAGGGCCUGCUCUGGCACGGCGGCUCCGUCUGGGACGCCUGGUUCAGCUGCGCCUCCAACCAGGUGGCGCAGGUGCUGCUGACGCUGCCGUACUCCUUCUCCCAGCUGGGGAUGCUCUCGGGCGUGCUGCUGCAGGUGUUCUACGGCCUCAUGGGCAGCUGGACAGCCUACCUCAUCAGCGUCCUCUACGUCGAGUACCGCACCCGCAAGGAGAAGGAAGGCGUCAGCUUCAAGAACCACGUCAUCCAGUGGUUCGAAGUUCUUGAUGGUCUCUUGGGCCCGUACUGGAAGGCGGCCGGCCUCGCGUUCAACUGCACCUUCCUGCUCUUCGGCUCCGUCAUCCAGCUCAUCGCCUGUGCAAGCAACAUCUACUACAUCAACGACCGGCUGGACAAGAGGACAUGGACGUACAUAUUCGGGGCGUGCUGCUCCACCACGGUGUUCAUCCCCUCCUUCCACAACUACCGCAUCUGGUCCUUCCUCGGCCUCGGCAUGACCACCUACACCGCCUGGUACCUCACCAUCGCCGCCGUCGUCCAUGGCCAGGUCGAUGGCGUGACGCACUCGGGCCCGAGCAAGCUGGUGCUCUACUUCACUGGCGCCACCAACAUCCUUUACACUUUCGGCGGGCACGCCGUCACUGUCGAGAUCAUGCACGCGAUGUGGAAGCCGCAGAAGUUCAAGUACAUCUACCUCGUGGCGACGCUGUACGUGUUCACGCUGACGCUGCCGUCGGCGGCGGCCAUGUACUGGGCGUUCGGCGACGCGCUGCUGACGCACUCGAACGCCUUCUCGCUGCUGCCGCGGUCCGGGUGGCGCGACGCGGCGGUGAUCCUGAUGCUGAUCCACCAGUUCAUCACGUUCGGGUUCGCGUGCACCCCGCUCUACUUCGUGUGGGAGAAGGUGAUCGGCAUGCACGGCACCCGCAGCGUCCUCCUCCGCGCCCUCGCCCGCCUCCCCCUCGUCGUCCCCAUCUGGUUCCUCGCCAUCAUCUUCCCCUUCUUCGGCCCCAUCAACUCCGCCGUCGGCGCGCUCCUCGUCAGCUUCACCGUCUACAUCAUCCCCUCCCUCGCCCACAUCCUCACGUAUCGCUCCGCCUCCGCCAGAUUGAACGCGGCGGAGAAGCCGCCGCGCUUCCUGCCGAGCUGGAGCGGGAUGUUCGUGGUGAACGUGUUCAUCGUGGCGUGGGUGCUGGUGGUCGGGUUCGGCCUCGGCGGCUGGGCCAGCGUCUCCAACUUCAUCAAGCAGAUCGACACGUUCGGCCUCUUCGCAAGGUGCUACCAGUGCCCGCCGAAGGCGCACACCGCCCCGGGGGCGCCCAUGCCGGCUCCGCCGCGCCACUAGCCAACCGAUCGAGUGGCAGGGCAGCUCGCGACGCCGGCCGGCCGGGCGGGCGGCGACAUGGGGACAAGGAGCUUCCCGUCGUCGUGUGUGGUGCACAACUGCUCACCCAUAGUAGGACAGCGUGUGGGUCACUGACUAGAUUUCCCGUCUGCUGCGGGGCCUUGGUACAUGUGUGUCGGCGUCGUUCUCUUUUUGUUUGGGAAUUGGGAUGUGAACUUGGGCUGUAAAUCGUAGGUUUUUCUGUUCAUGUUACAUGUGCGAAUAUAAAGGAAUCAUGAAAGUUGUAUGGGUCAUGUAACUUAUGUUACGAUGCUCGUGUCGUGCCAAGGGGUGUUUGUUUCAAGGGACUCAUAUCGGAUGUUUGGACAUUUA